AAGCCCUUCCUCUCAAGCAACAAAAGUCUCUCUUGUUUUAGCACUCCAGUUUCAUUAACCUUUGAAAGUUGGAAAAUUUUUCUUCACAUUUUGUUAUACCGAAGCAUAAAAGAUGGACUUAAGAACUCCUUCUCCAAAUCGAGUCCGCAAAAGGCCUUUGUCAGAUGUUUACUCUGAACCACCGCCCAAAAAGAGGAUUAGCGAUGAAGAUGUAGGUGCGGCGAGUGGUGGUUAUAAGAAACAAGUUUACUCAAAAAUGGCGAAAAGGAUUUGCAGCAUGGAGGAUGAAGAAGAUACGAGCGGUGUUCAGAAAGGUCAAACAUUUAGUUUUCGAGUUCUUCUGCCAAACGGUACCACUCUGGAGAUGAAAAUACGCGAACCGGGUAAUGAUAUGUCCGUUGAUAAGCUUGUGGCAGCUAUACGGGCAGAGUACUUAGCCUUAAAGUGCAGAACAGAGUCGCACAUGAGGGAGAUUAAUUGGAAGAGCCAGAACUUGUAUAUUUUGGAUCCUUUUGACAGGAAGCUUAAGGGCUUGGAUUUCAGGAGGUUGAAUCCGAGAAAAUCCUAUUUGUUAAGGCUUCAUGAUGGCUCAAUUGAAGCAGAAAUAUUUGAGAAUAUGUGGGAUCUUACUCCAGAUACUGACUUGUUAAAAGAGUUACCUGAAGAAUACUCAUUUGAAUCUGCCCUUGCUGACUUAAUUGAUAAUUCAUUGCAAGCUGUAUGGUCUAAUCAUGAAAAUGAGAGGAGAUUAAUCAGUGUGAAGUUGUUCAAGGACAAGAUUACAAUAUUUGAUUCAGGCCUUGGAAUGGAUGGGAGUGCUGAAAAUUCUAUAGCCAAGUGGGGAAAGAUGGGGGCAUCUGUACACCGGUCAUCAAAAGGAAAGGCCAUAGGAUGCAAACCUCCUUACCUUAAGCCUUAUUUUGGGAUGUUUGGGUAUGGAGGGCCUAUUGCAUCUAUGCAUUUGGGAAGGCGAGCUGUUGUUUCCUCAAAGACAAAAGCAUCAAAGAAAGUGUAUAUAUUACAUCUAGAGAGAGAGGAUUUACUCAGUUGUUCCUCUUCUGAAAAAACUUGGAGGACUAGAGGUGGUCUUAGAGACCCCUUGGAUUCUGAAAUUCAAGAAUCACCCCAUGGAAGUUUUACCAAAGUUGAGAUUUUUGAACCAAAAAUGAGGUAUCAAGAAAUAAAGAAACUACAAGGCAAACUGAAAGACAUUUACUUUCCUUACAUUCAGUGUGAUGAAAUAUCUGAAACAGGACGAACGACAAUGCCUACUGAAUUUCAGGUCAAUGAAACUAAUUUGGCUGAAGUCUUGGGUGGAGAAGUGGCUAUUACAAACCUAUUCUCUUGCAAUGGUCCAGACUUCACAUUGCAACUGCAUUUCACUUCAGAUUCCUGUUCAAAACAAGGACAUCAAGAAGCAAAUGCUCGCCUUAAAUGUGUUUAUUUUCCAGUUACUCAGGGUAAAGAAAACAUUGAAAGGAUACUUGAGAACUUAAAGGAUGAUGGUUAUGAGAACCUAGAGAACUUUGAAAGUUUUAGCCGUGUUACUGUCCGACGCUUGGGUCGCCUGCUUCCAGAUGAUCACUGGGUUUGUCAAUUUGAACUAAUUUGA